CUCGCACGUUUAGUUAACUAAAGAAGAAUCCGCCGCAAUGAAAUACUACGCGAUCUGUGCCCUGCUGCUCGUGCCCCUCGUCUAUGGCGCUGCCGUGCCCAGGACUGAGAAUGCCGAUGUGGAUCUGGUGCCCGACAUGUCGGUGGCCAGCGAUGCGUACUCGAAUGCCCAGCCCAGCAAGCGUCACGUGCCGCCCUUCCGCUUCAUGAACGAGCAGAUGGAGAACAACGCUGACAUUGACCUGAUUCCCGAUAUGUCCGUGGCUGCCGAUGCUGAGGAUAACGAAGUUCCCGAGGCUAUGUCUGCUGACGCCGAUCUGAUUCCCGAUAUGUCCGUUGCCUCCGAUGGCGAGGAUCAGGUCGCCGCUGUGGUGCCCGACAUGUCUGCCGCCUCCGAAAGCGAGGAUCAUGUUGCCGCUGUGGUGCCCGAUAUGUCCGUGGCUUCCGACGCUGAGGAUCAGGUCGCCGCUGUGGUGCCCGAUAUGUCUGCCGCUUACGAAAGCGAGGACAACGUUGCCGCCUUGGUGCCCGACAUGUCCGUGGCCAGCGAUGCUGAGUAAAGCUGAAGUUCGAGCUUCCGCUUUCUGCUCUGAGCACCAUCCAAACCCUCCCCAACUCACUCCUGUUUUUUGACUGUGUAUUGUAUAUUGUAUUUUUUAAGUUUUUAUCGGCAGCAUUAAUAAAUUUAUAUGGCUAA